AUGGUGAACAAUACAUCAACAGCAUCUGUUCAAACCAAUACACCAGCUUAUACUAAACACGUAUCAAGCUUUUCCGAGGAUGCACUUGCAAAUCGACGUAUUAACAUGCAAAGAAUGCAAAAUGUCCUCCUUAUUUGGUUAGACAACAACAUUGAUGAUGAUGAUGCUGAUUGUAAUAAUACAAUCAAACAAUUGAAACGUGUAGUUAACAACGUAAACACGUUUACAGAUGAUAAAAAAUGUACUGAAUUUAUUCAAACCAUUACUAACAACAAAGUAUGCAUGAUUGUCUCCGGGUCACUUGGAAAAUAUAUUAUGCGUCAUGUGCAUGACAUGUCCCAAGUGGAUACCAUUUUUAUUUUUUGUAAUAAUCAAGAAUGGCAUAAACAAUGGGCCAAAGAAUGGCCUAAAAUAAAAGGUGUCUUCACAGAUAUAACAGCAAUCUGUGAAGCUCUCAAACAAACUGCUCAGCAAUGUGAACAAAAUGCCAUAUCAAUCAGCUUUGUAGCAUCAAACAAAAAGUUGGAUCAAUUAGAUCCAUCAUUUAUGUAUACUCAGAUCUUGAAAGAGAUCUUAUUAUCCAUCGAUUUCGAAGAUAAACAUUUUGAAGAAUUUAUUACUUAUUGUCACGAUGUAUAUGAUGAUAAUGAAUACGAAUUAGAAAAUAUUAAUCAAUUACAAGCAACAUACAAAAGCAACAUACCCAUAUGGUGGUAUACAUGGGAUGCAUUUUUAUAUCGUAUGCUCAAUCAAGCUUUAAGAUCAAUGGAUGUUGAUAUGAUUGUUCGAUUAGGUUUCUUUAUUAAAGAUCUACAUCGUGAUAUUCAACGACUCCAUUCGAAACAAUUUGAUGCUGAACAAUCUAAUAAAGCAUUUACAGUUUAUCGUGGACAAUGGCUUUCAAAAGAAACUUUUACCGAAAUGAUAAAUACUAAAGGUGGACUGCUUUCAUUUAAUAACUUUUUAUCGACUAGUAAAAAUCGCAAUGUUUCUCUUAACUUUAUACAACAAGCUGCUACAAAUCCUGAUCUUGUUGGAAUUCUAUUUGUUAUAUCCAUUAAUCCUAUUCAUACAACAACUCCAUUUGCUUCUGUUAGUGAUGUUAGUUAUUUUCAUAAAGAAGAUGAAGUUCUCUUCUCUAUGCAUACCAUUUUUCGUAUUGGAGAUAUUAAACCAAUGGAUGGAAAUGAUCAUCUUUAUCAAGUGAAUUUAACAUUGACUAAUGACAACGAUCAAGAUCUUCGUGCUCUUACUGAUCGUAUCCGGCAAGAGACGUAUCCAGAUUGGACAGGAUGGUACAGAUUAGGUCAAUUGCUAAUUAAAAUGGAUCAGUCUAACAAGGCUCAAGAAGUUUAUGAAGUUUUACUUCAUCAAAGAACGGAUGAAAGUGAAAAGGCACUUAUUUAUCAUCAACUAGGUCGGAUCAAAUAUAAUCAAGGAGAAUAUCCAGAAGCACUUACAUAUUAUGAAAAAGCACUUGCUAUCUAUCACAAAAUGCUUCCUUCUAAUCAUUGUAAUGUGGCUAUCAUCUAUAUGAACAUCGGUAGUGUGUAUUACAGCAUGAGCGAUUAUCCAAAAGCACUUUCUUAUUAUGAAAAAGCCCUUGCAAUCAAACAACAAUCACUUCCUUCCGAUCAUCCUGAUUUAGCCUUAUCCUAUGUGGGAAUCGGUUUGGUGUAUAACAGCAUGAAUGAUUAUCCAAAAGCACUUUCUUAUUAUGAAAAAGCCCUUGCAAUUCAACAACAAUCACUUCCUUCUAAUCAUCCUGAUGUGGGUGCUUCCUAUAACAACAUCGGUAUGGUGUAUAGAAACAUGGGUAAUUAUCCAAAGGCACUUUCAUCUAAUGAAAAAGCCUUUGCAAUCAAACAACAAUCACUUCCUUCCAAUCACCCUGAUUUGGGUGCUUCCUAUAACAACAUCGGUGCAGCGCAUGAGAAUAUGGGUAACUAUUCAAAAGCUCAUUCAUUUUAUGAACGUGCUGUACAAAUUGGACAACAAUCAUUAUCAUCAAAUCAUCCUAAUCUUGAACUGUACAGAAAAAACCUCGAAAACAUAAAAAAGAAAUUAUAA